AUGUUUAUUAACUCUGCGCUCGGACAUGUUUUGCAGGGGAAAUACACUUUUGCAGAUGGUCUCGAAUACAAAGAUAAAAAAUGGCAUUACUGUGACGGCUACGACAGAAGAUUUUACACAGAAAUCUGCUCUGGUCUUAAACCAGCAGGCAUUUCUCAGCUUACAAAUCUGGAUCCUCCCAGAAAAAUCCCAGAAGGUUGUUACGACUGUGGUGAUGGAUUCUAUAAUCCUGAAACCAGAGUUAUUGUUGACUACGAACUCAGGUUUCUGAGAAAUGCAGAUGACGAUGAGCACGAAUGGAUUGUUCGGGCCUGCCGGAAAGCUUGGGAUGAAGCAAUUGAACAAAAACCCAAACCGUGA